AAGGCUCAAAACUUUUGGGUGUGGAGGGAAAGAUCCUUUUUUUAGUCCACUCCUCUUGGUCUUCAGCGAGCGGGCGGGCGAAGGAACGAAAGCAGCGCGAGGCCAAAUUCUCCGCGGGGACUCGUCACUUGGAGCGCCAACUGCAGUGUUCCUUUUUGUAUAGAUCUUAGAAGAAGCCUUCUUAAAUUGCUGCCUUUGUUUUUGGUUUCUUCAUCAAGGUUUUUUCAGUAACUGUAUUUACUGGAAUGGCUGAUUCCACGGCACCAUCUGAUUCAAAAGAAGCUUCACUGGAAAAUGGUUUUGAUCCGCCUGAUGUUCCUUCUACAAAGGUUUCAACUGAAAGCAAAGAUGGGGACGGAGAUGGGAGUGGGACAAGCAAGGAGGAUGUAGAGGAGAAGAAGAGUGCUGAAGAAGUGACAGGAGUGGUAAACGUAGAGAAAGGACUUGAGUAUUUGAAGGAUGGGGUGGAUACCAAGGAUGUGGAGGAAGUUAAGGAUACGGAAAAUGAGAAGAGUGUAGAAAUAAAUGACAAUGUCAAUGAAAAGAUUAACCUAGUGAACACUAAGGAUGGUGAAGAGAAGCAGGAUGAGAGGGGCAUAAAAGAUUUAGAGGACAACAAGCAUGGGGAGGUAAAGACGAAUGCAGCGGUAACUACGGAAGAAAAUGUAAAGAAAGGUGUUGGGGAGACUAAGUAUCUCGAGGGAAAUAAUGAUGAAAAUCAAGCCAAGGAUGGGGAGGAAAAGAAGGAUGUAGCUGAAGCAAAUGCAAUGGAGGGAAAAAAUAUUGGGGAGGCAACACAUUCGAAGGGAGAAAAGGGUGCAAAGGAAGCCAAGGAAGGUGAUAUAAAUAAUGAUGCUGUGAAGACUUUGGAUGGGGAGGAAGAAAAGGGUUUUGUGGGAAGUAAGAAUGAAGAGGGGAAGAAGGUUGUUGAAGAAACUAAGCAUGAUGACGAUGAAAUUGUUGUGGAAGAAGGCAUGAAUGCUGAAGUGACGGAAGACACCGGAGGUAAAAAUAAUCUGCAAGCUUUGGGUAAUGUGAAAGAUAAUAUUGAGAAGAAUUAUGUUAGUGAUGUCAAAGGCACUGAGAAAAAGCAGGCUGCAGAAGGUAAGGUUCACAAAGAUGACGUCGGGGUGGAACAAUUGAAAUAUAGUAAAAAGGAGAAGGUUGCACAAGGGAUUAAUGAUGAUGAGCAGAAGAGAGAUUUGGGUGGUGAAAAUGAUGUUAAAAAUAAAUCAAAACUAGCUGUAGGUCAUGAGCGAGUCAAAGUCAAAAAGAAGCCCAAGGAUAUUGAGAAGGUGGAGGCUAAAGUUGGGAAAAAUAAGGUUGCAGUUGAUGAAAAUGAGGAAACGGUUGUUAAUAGAGGUUUGGAAGAUGACAAAGAUGAUGUUGUCAAGGAAGUGCACAUUUCUGAGGAAGAGGAUGCUGCCGAGGAUGGAGAUGAUGAUGGUGAUGUAGAAACAAAAAGCAGUAACAAGAAGUUGGCAAAGUCUUUCAAAAGGAAAAGGAGCAGGGGACAAAGAUCUGCUAACAAAAGUGAAGUGAAGGACAAAAAUAAAGCAAAGGGAAAGAAAGAAAGUGGAAAAAAAACUAAGGAGUUGAUUAGUACUAUUGAUGCAGUGUCAUCUCCAUUGGGCUCUUCUAGGGAGCGUCCUGUGCGGGAGAGGAAAACUGUGGAGAGAUUGGUUGAAGUUAUUGAGAAAGAGCCCAAUAAGGCUGUCGUCAUAGAGAAGGGUCGAGGAAUUCCCUUGAAAGAUAUACCCAAUGUGGCAUAUAAGUUAGCAAGAAGGAAGCCCGCUGAUCUGAAAUUCUUACAUCAGACUCUUUUUGGAAGAAGAGGAAAGGUAGUUGAUUUUAAAAGCAACAUAUUGCAGUUUUCUGGGUUUGCUUGGCAUGAGACCGAGGAAAAACAAAGAGCUAAGAUAAAGGAAAAGCUUGACAAGUGCAUUAAAGACAAUUUAUUAGAUCUAUGUGACUUGCUUGAUUUGAAUGUGUCUAAAACUAACACUAAAAAGGAAGAAAUUAUAGUGAAGCUUGUGGAUUUUUUAGAAGCUCCUCAUGCAACUACUGAUAUUAAACUUGCUGAGAGGGAGCAGUCAGAAAAAUCUAGAAAGCGCAAACGAUUUGCUGAAGGCAGUGCAUCAAGGAGCUCAGGAGGCACGCCUGCGAAGAGGUCUAGGAAGAAAAGUGGCAAGCCGGAGGGCACUCCGAAGUCAAGCGGAAAGAAUCCACAGGAAACAGAAGAUGAGGAAGAAGAAGACGACACAGAAAAUGGUGUUCCUGACGAGGAUGAUGUACAAGCGCAUUCUGAAAGUGAUGCAAAAGAAAAUGAAUCAUCAGAAGCAAGUGAUGAUGAAGGCGAAAAGGAGAAUGUCGAUGAAUCUGGAAAAGGAAAGGAAGAUAUGGAACUAUCCCCCAAAAAACAAGACUCUGCUGUUGCAGAGAAGAGGAGAAGAGGGAGCAACUCUAAGAAGGUUUCUUCAGAAACACAGGUAAAAAGCCCUGUGAAGACACCAUCAUCGCACAAACAAUCAAAGGCUAAAAAGAAUGAUACUGCUGAGAAGGUUUUCACCAGGAAGAAAAAGAAAGGUAGUGAAUCACCAGAAGCAAGUGAUGAUGAAGGAGAAAAUGAGGAUGUUGAUGAAUUGGGAAAAGGAAAUCAAGACAUCAAGCAAUCCCCAAAACGACAAAGCUCUUCUAUUUCAAAGAAGAGGAAAAGAACGGGGAGCAACUCUAAGAAGGCUACUUCGCAAACAGUGGUAAAAAGCCCUGUGAAGGCACCUUCAACCUACAAACAAGCAAAGGUUGAGAAGGAUGAUACUGGUGAAAAGGUCUUCACUCGGAAGAAAAAAGAUGCUGAUUCAACAAAGAAGUCGAACCAGAAGUCAAGUGUGAAGGAUAAUUCUUCUGGUAAAAAACCAGGCAAGGGAAAAGCUACCGGAGAGGAACGAAAAUCUGGUCCAAGCAGGACUGAUCUGAGGAAGACCAUAUGUGAAAUUCUGAAGGAAGUUGAUUUCAAUACGGCUACUUUUACGGAUAUUCUGAAAAAGCUUGCCGUCCAUUAUAAGAUGGAUUUGACACCAAAAAAAGGAGCAAUAAAGCAAAUGAUACAAGAAGAGUUGACCAAGAUGGCCGAUGAAGCCGACGAAAGCGAAGAGGAAGGCGAAAAGGAAGAGACCGGUAAGGAAGAGACCCCAAAACCUGCAGGCAAAAAAGUAAAGGCAUAAUCAAUAUACUUGAAGCUCACUGCACCACUCAAAUUCCCCUGUGAUCAAUUGCUGCUUAUGAGUCUGUAAGUGAUUUGAAGGCAGUUCCAUGCGUGGAUUGGUUGUUAGACAAAUUCAGGAUUUCUGUAGUUUACUCGUGUUUUAUAUGACUUGGAUAACUUAAGAAGUCAUGGCUGGUAUUACCUCAUGAGGACAAACUGGAUCAUGGCCUUGUAAUGAAGGGUGUAGACCACAUGAAGAUGCAUAUUAUAUAAUUACACUGUGUAGUUAUGCUUUUGUUAUUUGGUUUCCAUUGACGUUGUGAACUGGUGCCUUCAUGAACUUUGAAGCUUCUGGUA